AUUGUGAAAAGUUUUCUUCCACAGAAAAUGGCAAACCUUUACAAAGUCUUAUGGAGUCUUCUUAUGAAGUCAUUGUAAAAACUGGUGAUCGUAAGUAUGCAGGUACCGAUUCACAUGUUUAUUUAACAUUGUUUGGAAUAAACAGUGAAUCAAAAGAAUAUCAUUUAGCAAAUUCAAAAACUCAUAGCAACAAAUUCGAACAAAAUCACGAAGAUAUAUUUAAUCUAAAUGCAAUAGGUUUGGGGUCAUUAAAAAAGGUUCGAGUACGACAUACCAACACAGGUAUCGCGCCCGGUUGGUUUUUAGAUUAUAUUUUAAUUCGUGAAAGUAUUCAACAAAAGAAAUUGGAAUAUUUUUUUCCUUGCUAUCAAUGGUUAUCUGCUACAGAAUUAGAUGGUUUGGUUAUUCGGGAACUUCCUGUUGCCUCAGAAAAUAUUUUUGAAAGGUGGAAGUCUGGCCAUGAUAUUUUUGACGAUUCAAGACUUAUUCUAGAAGACCAAAGUACAAUUUAUCAUGUACGCAUUCAUACGGGAUCUCAAUCCAACAUCAGUUCAGAUGCUAAUGUUCAAAUACAACUUUACGGUGACAAAGAUUUUACAGGGAAUGUUAGGCUUUAUAAAGCAUAUUAUGGAAAAGAAGAUAUACUUGUGAAUAAAUUUCAAGCUGGCCAAAUAGCAGAUUUUAUUGUUAAAGCAAUAAAUAUUGGCAAUAUAAAAAAAAUCAGGAUUGAGCAUGACACAGCUGGAGGAUCCUCUAGAUGGUUUAUUGAACGCGUUGAAGUUGAAGCGAAAAAACUAGGACUUUUAUGGAAAUUUGAAUGUAACCGAUACAUUACACCACAACAACCUGAACUAAUAUUGUAUCCUGAACCAAAAGAUAUAUCAUUUGUCAAACCUAUGACUAACUAUCAAAUCAAAACAUUUACAAGUGAUAUUUCAGGCGCAGAAACAACAAGUAGUGUAUAUAUACAACUAUACGGAAAUGAUGGUUUGCCAAGUUCCAUAAAACGUCUACAUCAGAAUAAUGAUAGUGAACACAGAUUUCAACGUAAUAAAAUUGACACAUUUUAUGUGGAAUUAGAAGAAUUACAAGAACCAUUCAGUAAAUUAAGAAUAUGGCAUAAUGAUAAAGGUAGUUCAACAGAUUGGCAUUUGAAUAAAGUCGAGAUCAGGAAAAUUAAAACACAGCAAUAUGUCUUCGUUACUUACAUAUUCCCAUGUAAUAAAUGGCUUUCACGUAAUAUGGAUCAAGCUGCAUUGGAACGUGAGCUAAUUCCAAGUCACAUGCUUCAAGACCAACAUGGUAUAUUGCAAUUUGAAAGACAAAUAUCACCAAAAUGGUUAAUGAAUACUUAUGAAGUAAGAAUAAUCACUGGUGAUAAAGUCUACGCUGGAACUGAUGCCUCUGUUUACAUCACACUGUUUGGUGAAAAUGGUGAUAGUGGUGAACGUAAAUUGACGAAAUCUCUAACACAUCGAAACAAGUUUGAACGUGGACAGACAGAUGUAUUUCAGUUGGAGAUAGUAGAUUUGGGAAAAAUUAACAAAGUGCGCAUAAGACAUGAUAAUUCAGGUGUUAAUCCUUCAUGGUAUUUAUCUAUGAUUGAAGUCUUCAAUAUUUCAAAAUCUCAAAGUAUACAUGGCUUAAAAGAUCAACCCAACGAAACUCAUCAUCUAGUGAAGUAUACAUUUAAUUGUGAAGCUUGGUUAUCCACCGAACAUGACGAAAAAGUCGUGGACAGAUAUUUUUCAGCUGAAAUCAUUAAACCACAAGAUACACCUAGUAUCGUACCAAAAAUUACCAAAGAUGUUGUGCCUCAUAAAUCAAUACAAGAUUUGUCUCAAGAAAAACGAACUCUUGAAACUAUUCCUUAUUUGAUUACGGUUAUUACUGGUUCCGAUAGGAAAGCUGGAACGCCUGGUCCUGUAUGGAUUUGCUGUGUUGAUAAAAAUAAAAUGAAUUCAGAAAAGUUUAUUCUAUGCGAUUGUUAUAAUAGAACAAAGUUAAAAAGAGGAACUACAAGGUAUUUUCGAUUCACAGGUGCUAAAAUUAAUGAUUUGACUGAAAUACAAGUUGGAAAUGAUGCUCCAGAAAGUCUUUCAAUGGGUUGGUACAUGCAAUCUUUAUACCUAACAUUCCCUACAAUUGGAAAAAUGUAUCCGUUUGACUGUAAGGAAUGGCUAUCGACAAAUCGUGGCAAUAAAAAACGAACUUGUAAUCUGAAAAUUUCAAAUACAAAUAUAGUCAAGUUUAAAGCAAAAAUUACUUAUCAUUUGAAAAUAACUACAGCUAGUGUCAAGAAGGCCGGGACAGAUUGUAGCAUAAAUCUUCAAAUUUUCGGUACAAAUGGUGUAACAAACUGCUAUACUCUAGAAAAGACCAGUAAUCGAUUUUCUCAAGGAAUAACCGAUAAUAUUAGUCUUGAAAUGGAGGAUGUAGGAAAAUUGUUAAAGAUGCGAAUAGGACAUGACAAUCAGGGUAAAAACAAGCAUUGGAAUUUGAGUUGUGUUGAAGUAACAGUUGCUAAUACAAAUCAGUUAUAUCGCUUUGUUUAUAAUGAUUGGCUUAGUUUAACAUAUGGUAAACGAAAAUCAUUAUGGGUUGACUUGCCGGCCAUGAUUGGCGAUACCGUUCAGUUAAAAGAGACAUGUUUGGAUAUAUUUGUUAAGACUGGAAAUAUGCCAGCCAGCUCUACUGAUGCAAAUGUAUAUGUACAACUUUUUGGUGAAUAUGGUGAUUCAGGAGAAAUACUAUUAAAACAAACGGUAUCGAAUCAGAAACCUUUUCAAAAUAAUUCAAUUGAUCAUUUUAAAAUAUCAUCAAUUUUAAAACUUGGUAAUCUUGCCCGUUGUCGAAUAUGGCAUGAUAAUAAAGGAUCAUCACCAAAUUGGUAUUGUGAAUGGCUUGAAGUAAAAGAAGUUCUGAUACCUGGAGAAAAAAAUUUGUCAUGUAACUGGAAAUUUGCUUUUAACAAAUGGUUAUCCAUAAGUGACGAUAACAAACAAUUAUUAAGAGAUGCUCCAUGUUCUGAAGUUUAUCUGAAUGAUUCCAAAGGUCAUAGAACUAUUGAUCAGGAAUCUAUCGAGACAUUGAUAACAACGGCAGAUUCUAUGAAUAUAUCUGACUUAAAAGAUAAUCCCGAAGGAAAACUAGUUUAUGAAGUAGUAAUAGAAACUGGUAAUCUAAAAGAUUCGGGUACAACUUGUGAUGCAUGGAUUAUAGUAGAAGGUAAACAUGGUCGUAGUCCGAAGUUGGAACUAGUUAAUCAAGUUGGCAAUCCAAUACUUCAGAUUAAUCAAACGAAUACAUUUCAAUUACCAAGCUUCCCACUAGGUGACCUUGAAACCAUUCGACUAGGCAUACAAGAACGGAAUAUUGACAAACAAAUAAAUCCAAAUGAUGUCCAAUCACAAAAGUGGUUCUGUGAAAAAGUAAGCAUAACAGAUCCAGUAAGUAAACGGACGUAUAUAUUUACUAUUCAUCAAUGGUUAAGCGUUACUCCAACUUCUAAUUUGAAAAAAGACGUUCUAGUGAAUUACAGUAAAAUAAUUGAAGAUCCGUAUAAGAAAGCAUUCAAUGAACUAAAAAACAAACAAACUAUCAUGUAUAAAGUUUCCAUAUAUACUGGAACAAAAGGAUGUGCAAAUACAGAUGCCAAUAUUUUCAUCACAAUGUUCAGUACCACACCAGGCUUAAACUCUGGACGGAUUGCUUUAAAACGAGAAAACAAGAAUUUGUUUGACAGGAAACAACUUGACGAAUUUUAUGUUGAAUCUAUCGAUUUGGAAUUUAUUCAACGGAUUAUUAUAGAACAUGACAACACAGGUGUUAGUCCUGAUUGGUAUUUAGAUAAAGUACUAAUCACAAACCAGCUAAACAAUCAGAUUCAUUUAUUCCAAUGUUAUCAGUGGAUUUCAAAGAAUAAAGGUGAUUGUAGAUUAUGGAAAGAAUUACUGGUCUCAAAUUAGAAUAAAUUCAUGACAUUGAGAAUGGAAAACAGUGAUAAACUAAUUUCAUUAACCGAAAUUGUUGGUGAUCAUCAUGUUAAUUAAAAUGACAAAUUUUAAUUAAAAUAAUUGCUUUAGUGUAUUAUU